GUGCACUUGUCCACAUGUACUCACGACUCAAUCAAAUGCACUGGCUGCAGCUGCCUCAGCACAUCUUGCAAGUCAGAGGGCAGUGGGCAGCUGACAUCCACAGGCUGGCCCUGCACACGCGGACGGAGAGACAACACAAUAGAUACAGACAGAGAGAAGCACAGAUUGCGAUUGCGCCUGCCUGCCUACUUGUAGGUCGCAGAAGCGUAGGUUGUGACAGUGGAGGAACAACCGAGGGACCCAUGUCUUGUCAUCUGAUCGAUUCAAUUGCACCACAUAGUCAUGUGUGAUGUGGUCGCGCGCCUCACCUUCGAUUUGUCUUGCGGUGGCGUAUCUGUUCUCGCCAACUAAGGGAUAACCUAACACACAUACACCGACAUCAUCACAACACCAUCAGUUGAUAGCUCACACAUGCAUCCCUGCCGCCCAGACAUCACACAUCCAUCGAUGUGGCGAACCUGUGUUGCUGAGAUGGACGCGUAUUUGGUGCGUGCGGCCAGUGAUGAGCCGCACACGCACCAGGCUCAUCAUGGAUGCACUGCCCUCUGAGCAAGCACCAGCUGAAUCGCUCUCCGCUUCCGUAGGUGUGCGCUGCAGGUGGCCGAGGCACUCGUAAUACGUCACUGCAACACGGCCAUCCUCUGCAAUACACACACAAACGCAUCACGUUGCUUGCUGCCGCCUGUGUGGUGUGUUUACCUUCGACUGACGUGGUUGAAUAGAGCUCGCCACUCUCUGUCUGCACCCGUGCAAUGCAGCCAGAUGCAAGCGCCGUUGCUGCCUGCUUCGGAUGCGUCUUAGCUUGUGUAACCUUACUUACCUUCAGCUUAUCUGCAGCCCAGUGCUGCCCCGCCGGCACUCGACCAUGCACCAGACACAGAUACUCCUUUGACACCUGCACAAACCAAACACGCAAUCAGAUACUCACCCACACAUAAAACUCCCCUCUCGGCUCGUCUCGCUGGUACCAUCUGUGCGUCGAAGAGCAUACGCAGGAAGUGCCAUGCGGCAGGGAUCUUGGCCACGAUGAGAGCGCCUGACGUGUCGGCAUCCAGGCGAUGGGCAAUGCCGUAAUCGACAUCGCCAUUGCAAAGGAUCGGUGAGCCAUUCUUCGCCCAACACCACGCACGAGCUGCACACACAAGAAACACAAGAAGGUUCGGUUUGCGUGCAUCUCUAUCGCAAUGUGUCCAAUCAAGCAGACGGACCCAGCAGCAGGUGCAGUUUCUCUUGUUCGUCGCUCGCGACCAUCCUCUUGGCCUUGUCGAUAGCCACAGCUGGCUCCUCCGUCCAUAGGUCAGGUCUCCGCGAGUCCUCCCUUGGCUCGUCUGCCCUGCUGCCCUUCUCCCCUGCGGCCGGUGGCGGCAGCGAUGGCAGCACCGUCCAUUUCGGAGGCUUGUAGAGCACCCACCAGAGAGGCGACUCGUACAGCACUCGAGGGACGUCUUUCCCGGGCCCGUCACUCUGCAGGCAAGGACAUGGACACAUCAACGCUAAACCCCCCCAUCUCGUGGCCAUGCCUUAUUACCUGAUGCGCCCUCAUUUCGACAACAGGGGGGCAUCUCGCCAGAUGAUGCGCCAUCAUGUGGUCAGCCAGCAGAAUCGACGAGGUUGGCGCAUAGCGUUUCGUCUCGCCACCCAUGAGCCUGACCACCUCAUCCCGGCUGAUGUUGCCCUCUCGCAGUGCCCGAUCUGUCAGCGCCUCCCACAUCUCCGUCGGCAGGCCACCUGCCGUCUUGCCGUACGCCCAUGCAACUUUCGAUGCCGUCUUGCGGUCAGUGUGAACCAGCACCUUCUUGUCCGCGACGAUUGACCGAAUCCGAUCGAACACAGGGGCAUCGAGGCACCCAGCCGUCACCAAACUCCACACCACGUCGGCAAGGUUCCGCAAAGUGAAGCAUGCGGGGUCGCCCAGUGGGUCAGACGAGUCCAUCGCGAGCACGUCAAUAUCCCUCUCGCCAAGCCUGUGGUCAAUCUCGCUGGCGAUUUUGUCAUAAAACUGCGGAUCGGUGUGGCCUGUGGAUGCGGCGGCCCACAGGAGGGUGGUGAGGGCCAGGGGUGUGAAGGACGGCAGGUGGGAGAGCGACCACUCUGUCAGCUGUGUGAAGAAGGAGGGAUGGCGCAGACCAAGAGUGCCGUAUGCCCAUGCUGCAUUGGUGAAACACAUACAAUCGUGUGGUAUAUUCACAUGCGCAUGUGCGUGGUGUGGCUCACCGAUGGUUGCCAGGUCUCGUGGUGCAAAUGUGUCCCAGUCUCUCUCCUCCAUGACGUGAGUCGUGAUCAUCCCCAGCAGCUCCUCAUCACACACACCCGACCGGCCGAAUCCCCAACACGUCAAAGCCAAUUGCUGGACCACACACACACACACACACACACACGUCCAUCCGCACCUUUGGCCAUACAAGAGGCCUUAUCAUUCAUAUCACUGACCACGGGAGUGCACUUGGCGAGGUUUUUGGGCUUCCUCCAGAAGAACUGCGACACGAAGAAGAACGCCUCCUUGUUGACACACCCGGCCCUCGCAUACGCCCACGCAAGGGUCGCUGCGUCGAAUGGGGUCGUCUGCACGAGGUAGUCGGGGCCCUUCUCGUGCAGCAGGCGGGCCACUGCAUCGAACAGGGGUGUGGGGGGCGACGGGAGAGGCGCAUAUGCCGACAGCGAUCGGACCAUGUCGGUCAUGGACAUGGUGGGCAGCCGAGCAUGGAGGAUGCUGGGACAAGCCGACAGAUAGACAGACAGACAGGUAGGUGAGCAUGGACUCAUGAUGUGUGUAUGUGUGUGAGCGUACUCUGCGAUUUCAUUGAACAACGGUCGUUCCACAGCCUGUGGGCCGUACUUGGACCAGCCCGUGAGAAGGGUCACCACAGACUGACAGUGACAGCACAGAGAGCAUGCAAACGACGUACAUACAUGGAUGGAUCCGUGCUGUCGUCACCUUUGUGUUGUAAGCCGCCACUCUGCAUUUGGUCUCCUUUGUGGGGUUGUCGGCCAGCAGAAACGCAGAGAGCGUCUUGCAGUAGCCAGGGGGAUAAUACCUGCACUCAUCCACACAAUCAAAGAGACAGAGAGAACAGGAGCGAUCUCCUUGAACGGUCCCUCUUUCCCUUCUCCUUCUCUCUGGUCUCACCCAGCCCUUGCGAAUGCCAUGACCAUCGACACAGUGUCCCGCCUGUUCGGCUCGCUCGUGUCCCCCACCCUCUCCCUCUCCCUCUCUCUCAUGCGCCCAAGAUGGUACGCCAGCCGCCUCUCGGCCUCGUCGGCCGCCCUCUCAUACAGCACAGACACACUGUCCUGAUGGCCGCCUCUCGCGUAGCCGUAUCCCAGCACAGAGAAGCCCCACACAAGGUUCUGCAGUGGCUGGUGGUGGAAGGUGGAGAGCAUCUUGGUGCCGUCCCGGGCAACGCGCUGGCACAGGUGGCCGACGGGGCCGUGCUUGAGGGACGCUAAUUGGCCGGGCGAGAGGUGGCUUGCGAGGACGGCGAGGCCCCAUAUGGUGUUAGACAUGUUCUGGGGGAUGGCGCCUUCCAAUGGGUAGACGUCAGAGCUCGCGAAGGACGCCAGCCUGCACACAGACACACACAGGGGUGCAGACAUACAUACACGCAAUGCAAGGAGGUUGGCUGGUGCGCUCAGACAUACCAGUUGACGAGAUGGGCUGGCUCGGCCCAUUCUGGCGGGUCUGCCGGGUUGACGUCCUCGAUGAGCCUGCCGUACGCCCACAUGGUGUUGGAAAAACACUGGGGGGUGAGGGAGGCGAUUCGCGUGAGCAAUGAUGACUGGAUCGCCAGCAGCAGGGACGGAUGGCCCAGAUACUGUGAAUGGCCAAACGACCUGAGCCAACAAAAUAGGAUGGACAGAUGGUUCCCGGCGAUUCAGUUUCACCUCACCAAAGAAAGCUCGUGAGGCUUCUUGUCGAGAAUCCGUCAAUCAACGGCAUGGCGGCCUCGGCCAUGCGGUGGUAAAGCCUCUCCCCUACCUCUCCCGUCCUUCGACACACACUGAGUCGCGCCAGGCCCCAUGCAGUGUCGGUCAGCUGCAUGUGGUUGAAGACGAUCGACGGCAGCAGGGCGUCGAGGGACCGGCAGAGCGAUGCGAUCGACGUCGGGGCAGACACGGCCUGACACGGACAGAGAUGGGAAGGAGAGCAUGUCAUGGCUGCAAUCGACGUGUUGCUCUCUGUCAUCCUCACCCGAUAUUUGUAGUCCGGGUCGUCGUCAUCUUGCUUCGGUGACAGGCAGUAUCGGAACUUCCCCAGCCCCCACACCAUCGUCGACACGUCCAAUGGCUUCACGCCACCACGCCCAUGUCUUUCCCUCUCCACAUCUCGCAGCGUCGCCGACACCUUCUCCGUUGCCCACCCACACGCGUCGACCAGUGCGGCCUUUCCCUCGUCUGCCUUGGUGUCCUUGUGCCACUCGGCCACCUUCGCCAGCGCCCACACGAGGUUGGCCGCAUCACGAGUGUCCCACCGAGAGUCUUGUGGACGGCUCUCGUCCAUCUUUCUGAGCAGUGCAGUCGCUUCCAGGAGGAUUGCCGUGAUGGGCCGCCUCCACCCAUCGAGGGAAGAGGAUGCCUGAAGGACGGCCGUUGCCGACCGGUCGAAAGGGGGAUGACGGUCGUUGUGGGGCAUCAGCGGCGAGCCAUAGAGCCGCACAAUCCCGUAUACACAGCGGAUGACCGCCCCUCUGCUGACCGAAAAAGCGCUGCCGACCCGUUCACACGAAUUCUCCAGGGACCGAUGAAUCGCCAGAAGCAGUUCAGCCAUGCUCUCUUUAUCACGAUCAUCAACACGCUGAGCUGACGCCGACAGCUGCAUUAGCCGAUGCAGAGCGGAUGCAGCAAAGGGCAGGCUGAGAGGGAUGGUCGAGGCUGGCGAGAGGUUGCCCGACAGGUGGUCAAAGACCUGGUCGAUGGAGGAGGCUGCCGAGAGGUCAGCUUUUGGCCGCAGAGCCCGCCCAUCGAUUCUGCGUUUGCUGCCGCCGUUGGCAAAGGCUGGGCGGCGGUCAGAGAGGACCGUGACAGGGCGCCCCUUUGGCGCGUCGAGGACAUCUGUUGCAUUCAUUGACACACACACCAGAGACCACUCAUCCACGCUGCAGAUCUUUUCAUUCAUGUGUCAGUGUGGGUGCUGUUUAUGUCAGUCCAUCCAUGCGCACCUGUGAUCUUUGGCUGUGUGUGGAGAUCUGCAUGAGCAGAACUUGAUGACGAUGCGAAGGCGCGAUGUCGCGAAGCAGAAAGACGGAAAGAACGUACAGCUGGACGCAAUGGAUGCAUCCUUCCCCUCGAGCGGGUCUGCUUUCCCUCAGAUGCGCCGAUGGCGAAAGACCG